CUUCGGUUUUGUGGCGCUUCUUCCUUCCUGUUACCAAAACAAGCAUGCUCGGCGGACCGUCACCAUGUUUACAUGAAAAAACGGCAGAGGGUCUCAUCAGACAGAGUUUAAGUCUUUCUAACAUUAUUCGCAUUGCACAGUUUUACUCGGAUGUGUUGGAUUUCAGUGCUUCUGCGCUAAUAUAGCAUUAGAUGCUAUUGGAAUAGUAAAAAAACAACUUAGCUAGCAUUGCAAAAGCGAAAUAGCGUGUAUGUAAUGUUAUGUGGACAUCGCCUGCUUUAAAGAACUGACUCAAGCGCUUUGGAUCAAUGGAGAAAUGAAAAAUCACAAAGAUAAACCCUGCUGCUCCUCCUUGAUGCCUCCAGGCUGGAAUAAAGUGGUCAAACAGAGGAAAACAGGCAAGACUGCAGGGAAACUGGAUGUCUACAUAACAAGCCCCAGUGGACUGACAUUUCGAUCCAAAGCAUCCUUGCAAGCCUUCCUGGUAAACAGUGAAGAGGAGAACCUGAAUUUAAGCCUCUUUGAAUUCACCUCAGCCAAAGACAAGUCCACCACCUCAGAAGCACUCCCACUGAGUCAAAAGCAGAGGAGACGACGGAAAAAACAAACAGAUGCACAUCAGGAGAAAGCAGGCGAAAAGCCAUGCAUGUCUGCAAGUUCCUGUCUUACUCUGGAAAGUGGCACUAAUGACAGAAAACCUUUGGAAGAUACCAUUUCUGUGAGCAGAGACACUGUGCUGGAGAAUUUUACACCUGGGCAAAAGGUCAGUGCAGAUAUAACGGAUGAGGCUUUGAAGGAUCGCUCAGGACAUGCAUCACUGCAGGAUGUGGAGUUGCCCAAGAGCCCGCUGAGGGUGGGGUCUCUGAGAGAGAAGCUACUCCGACUGGCUCCAUCCAUUAACCAGGAGGACACUGCCUUUAUUUACAGCAGUGAACAUGCAGACUCACAUUGUUUAGAUCCAACAGAUGAAACAGAUACUGACGGCAGGAAUGCAAAUAAGAAGAAAGGGGAAGCUGAAGAGGAGUCUGGCGCGUAUCGGCAGGAGGAAGAGGAGGUGUUACCUGUCAUCACUGCUGGGAGCCACACGCCACUUAGAGAUUCCAAGAGCAAGUCCAAGGCUGAGGGAUCCAAACGGAAGACAAGUCCUUACUUCAGUGGAAAGUCCCUCAGAGAUGGACUUGGCCCGCCUAGAAGAAAAGCCUUCAAGAAAUGGACCCCCCCACGGUCUCCCUUCAACCUCAUCCAGGAGACUCUUUUCCAUGAUCCAUGGAAGCUCCUUGUGGCUACUAUUUUUCUUAACAAGACAAGUGGAAAGAUGGCCAUUCCUGUGCUUUGGCAGUUCUUUGAGCGUUACCCAUCUGCAGAUGUGACCCGGGACGCCGACUGGAAGCCCAUGUCUGAACUCAUGAAGCCCCUAGGGCUUUAUGAGCUUCGCGCCAAAACCCUCAUCCGCUUCUCAGAUGAAUAUCUAACCAAACAGUGGCGCUACCCCAUCGAGCUGCAUGGUAUUGGAAAGUAUGGGAAUGACUCCUACAGGAUCUUCUGUGUAGGGGAAUGGAAAGAGUUUUUUUCAAAUGUUAAAGGUGACACCAGAGGAUCACAUGCUAAAUAAAUACCAUGCCUGGCUGUGGGAGAACCAUCAAGCAUUUGGACUUUGAAAUACACUUGCCAAAGAAACGGUUGCACCAUUGUACCAUAAUCAUGAAUUUACACCUUCAAAUCUGGAUUAUUUCAUAUUCACUCAUUUCAAACUUGUUUGAGAGGUUUUAAUUCAUGUUGAAUAAAGUAUUUUAAGUCAAGUCA